AAUAUUGGAAUUUAAUUAGAGCCUAUCUAAUAUAAAGAGAUAGUAAAGAGAGAAAGAGAAAUUAAAGAGAUGGAGAAGAGCAAGGUGCUUAUUAUUGGAGGAACAGGGUACAUAGGAAAGAAAUUGGUUAAGGCAAGUUUAGGUUUGGGACAUGAAACUUAUGUUCUUCAAAGGCCAGACAUUGGUCUUGACAUUGAUAAGCUUCAGCUUCUAUUUUCAUUUAAGGAGCAAGGUGCUAAGCUUCUCAGAGCUUCCCUUGAUGAUCAUCAAAGCCUUGUCAACGCCGUGAAGCAUGUUGAUGUGGUGAUUUCCGCCGUAGCCGGUGUUCCCUACCGCGGCCACCAUAUACUCCAACAGCUCAAACUUGUUGAUGCUAUCAAAGAGGCCGGGAAUAUCAAGAGAUUUUUGCCUUCUGAGUUUGGGACAGACCCAGCAAGAAUGAAGCAUGCGUUGGAGCCAGGAAGAGCAACAUAUGAUGAUAAAAUGGUAGUGAGAAAAGCCAUAGAAGAGGCCAACAUACCAUAUACCUAUAUUUCUGCUAACGGUUUUGCUGGUUACUUUCUUGGUGGCCUAUGUCAAUUUGCCCAAAUUACCCCUUAUGUUGACUCUGUAGUCUUGUACGGAGAUGGCAAUGUCAAGGGAAUUUAUGUAGAUGAAGAUGAUAUAGCUAUGUAUACUAUCAAAACAAUAGACGAUUCAAGAACACUUAACAAGACAGUAUACAUAAGACCACCGAAAAACAUUUUAUCCCAAAGAGAAGUUGUCCAAAUUUGGGAGAAGCUAAUUGGAAAAGAACUGCAGAAAUCUUCAAUUUCUGUACAAGAGUUUUUAAGUUCCAUGAAAGGGAAACCAUAUGAAAUGCAAAGUGGAAUGGCACAUUACUAUCAUGUUUUCUUUGAAGGUUGUCUAACAAAUUUUGAGAUAGGAGAAGAUGGGGUUGAAGCUUCUCAACUUUAUCCUGAAAUCAACUACACUACUGCACAUGAAUACUUGAAACGCUUUCUAUAAAGUAUUGUGGACGUGUUAAAGUACGGUGAAAAUUCAGGUGCAGUCUACUUCAUGUGAAAUUGAUAGUUAAG